AAAUGACUACAAAAGGACUAGACAGACUCGAUAAAGACUGAAAAACCUUUGGAAACAUAUACACUAUGAUGUCAAAAACACCAUAUAUCACUCUUACACAGAUUAGAAAUAACAUCAUCCUCUCUUUGCUCUCGAUUUCGUAUUGUUUACUUUCUUUUUCAUUCAUAGUUUGAUCACUUUUCGUUGGCUUCGUAGAAAUUUGGAUCCUCAAGGAAAGUUGAGAUUUCUUUACUUUUCCCUGUUAACUAAAAUUGACAGUGCAAAUCUCGGUUCCCACAGAAGAGCCAAUAUAUUGUCUCCUUAAGCUGUUGGGACAUCAUUUUCUUCCUUCAAGCGCUGCCCGAUAUGACACAAUGCUUGUUGAUAUGCUCAAAUUUAGCCUUUCAUAGCGUCAGCUGUAAUACUUAGAGAUCGAAUCCACAUGGACUUGAUCACACAAUAGACUAUAGGCUAUCAGAUUAAAGCUAGGCAACAAAUAGAAAGCAGGAAAGACAGUAAAUUAAACUGUUGUAAAACUAUGGAAUAAAAGCACUAUAUCUAGGAAAAUCAAUAAGGUAAUUUAGAAUUUCAGUUAACAGAUUCCAUAGUUUAUGAAGAACAAUUCUAUAACUCAAAUCACUGCAAUCAAUCAAUCAGUUUUAGCAGUAGAAAAUAUUUAUGUAUAGAUUCUAGAAUCCUAAAUUUCUCUACUAAUUCAAAAAAUUAAGAAAAUAAUUAAGAUCAUGUUUGAUAUGUUCACUAAAUCCCUAAACCAAAUUUUUUGGCGAAUUGUUAUUUAGCUCAUAAAGAUUAUUUAAGGCAAUCAAUAACAUUGUCGUGUCUACCAAUUAUCCUAUGUUCUAGAUUAUCAAGGUUGUCAAUCCAAAUCUAGCGUUGAAAACUAAUGAAGAUGAAGAAUAAAAGAUAAACCCUAACAAAUCUAAUUAGCAAUUCACGAUCCUAAAUAAAUUGCAUUAAAAAUAAGGUAAGAAAUAUUGGACUACCAUCCUGAAGCAAUAAAUUUCAAAUCUAACUAGCAAUUCAUCAACCACCCAACCGUUUCCCUCGACCAGAAAUCACCUGGUUAUCUGCAUAUAACAUCGUGAAGCUAUAAGUCAUAUUUAACCUAAUUUUCCACCUCCAUGGAUUUUUUCACUUUCUUUAAACUGUUACUGUAUUAAUUGACUUGUGGCAUAAAAAAAUGACCAAUUCUUCUAUAGAACAGAUUCUAGAUCAUUCUGAUAUAGAUAUUCCAGUAAUUGUAAUCCAUCGAUUUCCAACUUCCCAGUCUCCAUUAAGCCGGAGCUCAAGCUAGUCAGACAAUUUCUGGUGUUGGUCGAGUAAGCGGUGUAAACAGAAAUAUAUCACAAAGUAUAAGGGAUGAAUUUUUUUUUCGGAAUCAGAGAAGAAACAUUAUGGAUAACCAUCACUAAUUUUGUUUCGAGAUUGACAAUUGGUUCUCUAUGCGACAGAGACGAAUCAAAAACAAUACUUUUAUUAGUAAAGAAAUGUAAGAUGAGAGACGAAGAGAGUGAAAGCAUUCGAGGAAACACAUUAAGAUGAGAAGAGUGUUUCUUUCACUACCCCUACUUUUAUCAGUAAUACAUGUCAUUUUUCUAUUCAAAUUUAUCAGUUGACUUACAAGUAAUAUUUUUCAUAGUUAGAUUAGUAUUUAGGUUUGAUUAAUUUUUAACAAGAUGAAGAAACAGAAAAGGACAUGUUGAGGUAUUCAAUCUCCGAAUCAUACACCAAAGCGUCUAAGUGUUAAAAAUGUAUUUUUUUUGUAAUCAACGUAGACAUACACACUAGCCAAACUGAUGACUUUGUGUCUAUGUGGACAAAGUAGGAUGGUUGACUCCACGCACCACGUGCAAUAUUGCCCGUCUUUGUAUUUUGAGUUCAAGGUAUAUAUGUGAUUUCAAAAGUGCUGAACCUUUUCUUCACUCUUUGUAUUUCUUCCACAUAAAUUGCAAAUGCAUGCCAUUGUUCAGAUUCUUAAUUAAAUCAGCUUCACCAACUCAGAAUAGUUUGUAACACAAGUUACAUGUAAUUCUCGGAAAGUUUUCAUGCAUUCAUCGUUAAGAUGAGAGCUUCAAACUCAGCAAGUAAGGAUGAAAGGCUGGCUCUUUUAUUGAUUCCCUCCAUCAGUCACACGAGCAUUUCUAGUGUACGAUACCAACCUUGUUUUGAGAAUAUGUCGUUUUCUUCCAAGAGCCAUCUGUAAAACAUCAUCUGGAUGGUAUACUUUAUGUUACCUCCUCCCUAGUGGUUAGUGAUUGUGUUUAAGGUUAAUCUAGAUGGUAUGCUUUAUGUUACCUCCUCCCUAGUGGUUAGUGAUUGUGUUUAAGGUUUCCAUGUUGCCGUUUGUGCUUCACUUGCCGUUGUGCUUCACUCCAAAGUGUCUAAUUUAAUUAGUUAGGUAGAAGAUAGAAAAUGUCAUUUCAUGUAAUUUUCUCUUACAUUAGUAAUAAGCAAACACACAGGUAUCAACCAUCCCAAAAGCGAUUUUUUCUUUUGCUUCAGUCAAAUUCUUUUUAUUUUUAUUUUAUUAGCUAGCUUCAUUAUAAGUAUACCAUUCACUAAAAUAUUAAUCAAUACCAUUAAAAUAAAAUUAUCUCUAUUUUGGCCCUUCUAUUAUCCUAUCAUAAUAUUUUUUGCCAUUGGUUUCUCAAAAGGAAUUAUAUCCUUCAUUAAUGAAGAACAUUUUCUUAAUAUAUUUUUGCGCAGUCCUAUCGAUUCUUAUAUGAGGAUAUUUAGAGCAACUUUAUUGCGGUUUCGGGAAGGGGUUUUUAAAAAAAUAACAGGAAUUAAUUAAAUGUAAACUAAAUUAAAAUGGGUGAUACCGUUCCUUAAUCUGUGGUUUGCAAAUCGGUUUCUUAAUGAAAGAAGGAAACAAGUGUAAGAUGGUGGGCAAGACAACACCAUUUUUUUUCCUUUUCCUUUUUUUUCUUUCUCGGUUCUUUCUUCUUUCUCUUGUUUUCUCCGUCAUCUCUCUUCGGUUCUUCGACAUCUCAGAGGACGACGAUGGUUUGUUCUUCAUCGAUCGAUUGAAGAUCGGAAAUGAUGGUUUGUUCUUCGUCUUCUCUUCGUCUUCUCUUGGUCGAUUGAUGGAAGGUGAGAGUUGAUGGUUUGUUCUUCGUCUUCUCUUCGUUCUUCGUCUUCUUUUCGUCGAUGGUUUGUUUCUGAGGCAGAGUUUGUCGAUUGAUGGAAGAUCAAAGUCAUGCAUCAAGAAAGGAGAAGCUGAGAUUCAACAAUCACAAGAAGAAUCAAGUCUUCUUCAAUAAAGGUCAGCUCCAUCUUAUUGUUUCUCUGUUCCAUUGUAUUCAAAGUUCAUAGCUUUUUGUUAGGACCAAUGAACAUAAUUGAUUAACAUCAAUUAGCUCCUUGUGGAUCAAUACUUUUGGUUUAAUUUAGUUGAUUAACACAACAUUAUUUUGUUUUGAUAACACUUGAGGAAGGUAUCUGAAAGAGACAGGACACAACAUGGAGCACGAGUGGAAGAGAAUGAUUCUCAACUGGAGAUUAUACAGAGCAAGGCUCAACUCUCUAUAUAAUUUGUAAAGGAUAAAGUGACUACAGAUGGUGUCUUUGUUCAGGCAGAAGCAUUGAAUUGAAACAGAGGAUGGUUAACAAUCACAUCGACGAGCUUUGUUGAGGCAGAAACAUUGAAUGGUACGAGUAACUCACUCCUUUUGCUAGCUUUUUUCUUUACUGAUGGCGUGAGUUAAUUGUGAUAAUGAAUGCUGCUUACAGUUAGGUUGUGGUUAGGACAGUGUGCUUGUUUAGAGUUAAGUUUGUGGUUGAGUUAAUUGUGACAAUGAAUGCUGCUUAGAGUUAGGUUAAUUGUGAUAACUCAUCUCUAUUAAACCCUGUAGUUACUGCUCCUGCUUUCCAUCUGCUAACCACGUUCAUUGUGACUCUUUCCAUCUUCAAACACAUUUCUUCUUCUUUCUCUCUUCUUUGACAGUCUAGGAUAUGGAUUCUAUGAAUCCAUAUAGUCAAAACUCCAACUUUGUUGAUCUGUUGAACAGUCAACAAGAUGGUUUCCCUCCUCAAACCUAUUUUCGUGAGAGUUGUUCACAACUCCCUGUUUUUAGUACUCAAUGUACUGACCCUUCAAGUUUGCGUGAAGACACACCAUCAGAGAAAAAAGAAACAAAGAAAUGGAGUCUCACCGAGGAUGUUGUGCUUAUUAGCGUAUGGUUGAACACCAGCAAGGACCCUGUUGUAGGAAAUGAGCAAAAAGCUGCUGCUUUCUGGAAGCAUAUAGCUGCUUACUUUGCAGCUAGUCCAAAGGUUCAAGGCAGUGAAAAGCGAGGGUUUAUCCAGUGUAAGCAGAGGUGGCAGAAGAUAAAUGAUCUCGUUUCCAAGUUUUUUGGUUCUUAUGAGGCUGCAACAAGACAGAAGACAAGUGGAAUGAAUGAGAAUGAUGUAGUUAAACUAGCACACGAGAUCUUCUUCAAUGAUCACAAGAUCAAAUUUAAUCUUCAACAUGCGUGGGACGAGCUAAGGUAUGACCAGAAAUGGUGUGAAGCAUCUAGUAGUAAGAUUGAUGGAAGCUAUAAGAAGAGAAAGUGUGACGAUGGUGCUCAGUCCUCAAGCUCUUACGCGACUACCAAUGAUGCUGAGCAACGUCCUCCUGGUGUCAAGGCAUCGAAACGAGGAAGUGGUAAGAGAAUCGGUGAAGCCCUCAAGGGUGUCUCUGAGUUUCAGAACUUGUGGGCAAUUAAGGAGAAAGAUUUGGAAGUGAAAGAGAGACUGUCCAAGAUGGGGCUGCUUGAGACUCUCAUUGCCAAAAAAGAGACACUAUCUGACUUUGAAGAAGCUUUAAAAAAGAAGCUUAUUACAGAAAUGUUGGGCCGCUCAGAGUAGUUUCUGGUUCUGUUUCCGAAGGGUGUUGUGUUCAUCACAUAGUUGAGCAUUGCAGUGGUCUUCUCGUGAUGUGUCACGGACAUGGAAAAGCAGAAGUGUUUUGUUGUUUUCUUGUGUCAGUCUUAUGUCUUUGUUGGUUUGUUGUGUCACGGAAGUAGCUAUGUCUUUCUUGGUUUGUUGUGUCACGGAAACAGCUUGGUCUUUCUUGUUUUGUUGUGUCACAAGACUGCUGUUGGGUUUGUUGUUUUCUACUCUCAUUGUCUUUAAAUGAAGUGAAGUACUCUAGUUUGAAAUGAAAUGAAAGUAUUCUAGUUUCUUUGUGUCA